UGGAUGAAGAACUGUUUCUGACAUGACAGACAUGAAAUUCCAAGAUUUAUUGUCAUUAAAAGCUAUAAGGUUAACUUUACUAUUUUAAAUGGUUAAUACAUAUCUGAUAAUCAGGACACACAGUAUCAGAAUAUUUAUUAUGAAAAAUAUUAAAUAAUUUUAGCAUACAGUUGAGAUGUAUAAGUAGUGCUUUUGGAAAAUACCAGAAAAAUGCUUUCUCGCAGCUUUGCCUUCGCAAAAUAUGCCUUUAUGCACACCUCUGAACGUAAACACUACCAUAUAGGUGCUAGGCUGCGUAAUGUAGGGUACUAUUUGAAAAAUAAAGAUAGACUAGAGUUUAAACUUACAGUCUACUCAAAAUCAUGCAAGAGGUUUCUUUCAAAAGAAUCCACUGGGUCCUCUGAUACAUUGAAUGAAAUUUCUACAAAUAAAAAAUUGGUUACCAAAAAAGAGGGGAGUGAUCUUCCAGUUUUGAGAGUGCUGACUCCUAAAUUGAAGCCCCUUAGUGAAGACAUCCCAAAGUCGGAAGAUAAAUCGGAACUACAGAAAGAACAAAAAUUAGGAAGGGAUAAAAUUAUUAAACCAAUACAGAAAUUAAAAGAAAAGAUUCUUGGUGAUGUUGAGAAAUCAGACAACCAUGAUUCAAAAGUAAGUACUCCAGUGACCAAGCGGCGCAAAAAAAUCGAUACGAAUGUGCAGUCUCUUGAUAGAAAUUUUAUAACUCCUACGAGAGCUAUGUAUGACUUCUUGCUAAAGCCUUCCGAGUUGGAGGACUUGCCUAAAACUAAACGAAGAUCGCCAUAUGAAGCUCAACCCCCCAUUACGGUGUAUUGGAGGAAAGAUGUUGAGGCAAAGGCUUUGGAAAUAUGGGGUUCAAAAGAAAAUUUACAAAAAGAGCGAAUGAAAAGAGAAAUUGAGAGAAAACAGCAUUUGCAAAACAUAUUUACUUUAAAGAAGAGAUUAAGAGAUUUCAGGAGAGAGUUGGGAAAAACCGCUGAUACAAUUCAGAUUGAAGAAGCUGGCUUAACUGGUCGUUCAGGAAAAGUAGUACUUACAGCAGUUGCUAUAAAUGCAACCAACUGCUUGUUCAAACUAUUUGCCUGGCUAUACACAGGAUCGCACAGUAUGUUCGCCGAGUGCAUUCAUUCGCUAGCUGAUACAAUAAAUCAAUUGAUAUUGGCUUAUGGAAUUCAUAAAUCAAUACAGAUGGCCGAUUCUUAUCAUCCCUAUGGAUAUACAAAUAUGAAAUAUGUGGCGUCUCUAAUAUCUGGAGUUGGCAUAUUUUGUGUUGGUACAGGACUUUCCAUUUAUCAUGGAAUUUCCGGUAUAAUGAACCCUCACCCUAUAGAAGAUUUUUUCUGGGCGUAUGUGAUACUGGGCGGGUCGAUAAUAUCGGAGGGUGCAACAUUUUUAGUUGCUUUUAACUCCAUAAGGAAAGGUGCAAAGGCGGCCAAGAUAGGUGUGAAAGACUACAUCUUCAGAGGGCAAGAUCCAAGUGUGAAUGUGGUGCUUCUCGAAGACUUUGCUGCUGUGGUUGGUGUGGCUGUCGCGGCAUCUUGUAUGGGCCUUUCUUCAUUAAUGAACACUCCUGAACCAGAUGCAAUUGGUUCGCUUAUUAUAGGAGGUAUUUUGGGGAUGGUGGCUUCAUUUAUUAUAUAUACAAAUGUGGCUGCAUUGGUUGGGAGAUCAAUUCCUGAGAAAAACUUGGAAAAUAUCAACGCCGAUUUGGAACGAGAUAUAAUGAUACGAGCGAUACAUGAUGUGAAAGGGAUUGAUAUUGGUAAUUUCCUUGUAAGGUAUAAAGCAGAGGUUGAUUUUGAUGGGAGGGAAUUAACACGAUCCUACUUGGAUAAACAAGAUCUCAAUGAAAUGUUAGAGGAUUUAAAAAGGAUAGAUAACAUUGACACCCUAGAAGAGUUUAUGCUUAAGCAUGGUGAAAAUAUUGUAGAUGGAUUGGGAGGUGAAAUAGACAGAAUAGAAAUGAAGCUAAGGAAAAAGUAUCCGGAAAUUCGUCACUGUGAUCUAGAAAUACUUUAGAAAUGAAAUAGUUUAUAUACUUAAGUAACAAAUUUUCUGUUAUAUAUUAUUUUUAUAGUAAGUACAGGUCCAGUAUUUUCAUUUAUUUAUUUAAUUUAUGUUACUGAAGUUUUAAAAUUAUUUGCUCCAACUACUUUCCAAUAUUAUUCCCAAAAAAUAUUUUUUGUAAUAAACAUUUUUUUAUUAAUAAAUUAUUUUGU